AAAAUUGGGAUGUCCAUUCGUUGGUAGGCCGCCACGUGCUACGGAUGUCACAAGUCAGCACAGACUUUUGUGGUGGGCUUUUGCAGAUUGCCUUCUAUAUAAAGCUCUCCGACACAUAGCUUUUGGAGUGUUUGUGUGCGAGAUUUCACAGUGAGAACUUCCUGUAGCUGAGAUCCUGCUAAAUUAGGGUUUGAAUUAACAGCCAUGGCGGGCAGCGGUGCGUUUGUGGAGCUGUUGGAAGAAGAUGUGUACAAGUAUUACUUUGAUGGGGAGUGGAGGAAGUCUGCAUCGGGGAAAUCGGUGUCAAUUAUAAAUCCUACCACCAGGAAGCCCCAGUACAAAGUUCAAGCUUGUACACAGGAGGAAGUGAACAAGAUUAUGGAGUCUUCUAAGAUAGCUCAGAAGGCAUGGGCAAAGACUCCUCUUUGGAAGCGUGCAGAGCUGUUGCAUCGUGCUGCUGUAUUACUGAAGGAACAUAAGAAUCCUAUAGCCGAAUGCCUUGUCAAGGAAAUUGCUAAGCCUGCAAAAGAUGCAGUUACAGAGGUUGUCAGGUCUGGAGAUCUGGUAUCUUACUGUGCUGAGGAGGGAGUGAGAAUUCUUGGUGAAGGCAAAUUUCUCGUCUCAGAUAGCUUUCCUGGCAAUGACAGAAAUAAAUUAUGUCUUACCUCAAAGAUUCCUCUUGGUAUCGUUCUAGCUAUUCCGCCAUUCAACUACCCCGUAAAUCUGGCUGUGUCUAAAAUUGCCCCUGCCCUAAUUGCUGGUAACUCAGUUGUCUUGAAACCGCCAACACAGGGAGCAGUAGCAGCCUUGCACAUGGUGCACUGUUUUCAUUUGGCUGGAUUUCCCAAGGGCCUCAUCAGCUGUGUUACAGGAAAAGGAUCUGAAAUUGGGGAUUUCCUUACAAUGCACCCUGGUGUAAAUUGCAUCAGUUUUACAGGAGGCGACACUGGUAUUGCAAUUUCAAAAAAGGCAGGCAUGGUUCCUCUUCAGAUGGAACUUGGUGGAAAAGAUGCUUGUAUUAUACUCGAGGAUGCAGAUAUUGACUUAGCCGCAGCCAAUGUUGUGAAAGGGGGUUUUUCAUACAGUGGCCAGAGGUGUACUGCAGUAAAGGUAGUGCUUGUGAUGGAAUCUGUGGCUGAUGCUCUCGUAGAGAAGGUGAAAGCCAAAGUUGCAAAGAUGACAGUUGGCCCACCGGAAGAAAAUUGUGAUAUCACACCUGUCGUCACAGAAUCCUCUGCUAAUUAUAUCGAAGGUCUGGUUAUGGAUGCCAAACAAAAGGGAGCUACAUUUUGCCAGGAGUACAAGAGAGAGGGUAAUCUUAUCUGGCCCCUGUUACUGGACCACGUCAGACCUGACAUGAGACUUGCUUGGGAAGAGCCAUUUGGCCCCGUGCUGCCCGUUAUCAGGAUCACCACCGUUGAGGAAGGCGUUCAUCACUGCAAUGCCAGCAAUUUUGGACUUCAGGGAUGCAUAUUCACAAGAGACAUCAACAAAGCAAUGAUGAUUAGUGAUGCCAUGGAAACUGGAACAGUUCAAAUUAACUCCGCGCCUGCACGUGGGCCAGAUCACUUUCCUUUCCAGGGACUAAGAGACAGUGGCAUUGGUUCUCAGGGAAUCACUAACAGCAUUUCCAUGAUGACGAAAGUGAAGAGCACCGUGAUCAACUUGCCAACCCCAUCUUAUACAAUGGGCUGAUUUCUUAAAUUUAUGUAUUUAGAAUUAUGAUAUUAGCAAACCCCUUGCUAUACGAGGGUCGAUCUAUGAAUUUAUUAGGUAAACAGUAUUUAGUUGUUAUGAGUUUUAAGAUGGAGAGCGUAUGCGGUGUAUCGCCUGUUAAUUCACUUGCCUGAACUCCUUUCCGAUGUUCAGCAUAUAGGCAAUUAUCAAUAGCAAUUUAUCGUUCAAAAUUUCUUAAUAA